AGCUGCGGUUGGGGAGUCACACGCUGAUUGUUGCAAGGGGAGUAGUUAGUGUUCCCAGAGAGUGAAACUGUGCCGGGGAAGAAAAGUGUUGGAUUAACCUUAGACUUCAUAGGGGCACAAACAAGAGAGGGAACUUUUGAAACAGCCAAACGGGGCCAGACUUUUUUCUCUUGAAUAGGAGAGCGGACUCAAGUUUUCAUCAUGCCGGUUUUUCACACAAAGACGAUAGAAAGUAUCCUAGAGCCGGUGGCUCAGCAGAUAUCCCAUCUGGUGAUUAUGCACGAAGAAGGUGAGGUGGACGGGAAAGCUAUCCCGGAUCUCACGGCUCCGGUGGCUGCGGUGCAGGCAGCUGUCAGCAACCUGGUUCGGGUGGGGAAAGACACUGUCCAGACUACAGAAGACCAGAUAAUGAAGAGAGACAUGCCUCCAGCUUUCAUCAAGGUGGAGACUGCAUGCACCAAGCUGGUGCAGGCAGCGUCCAUGUUGAAAGCAGACCCUUACUCCGUCCCUGCUCGAGAUUACCUCAUCGACGGCUCCCGGGGCAUCCUCUCUGGCACCUCGGACCUGCUGCUGACCUUCGACGAGGCUGAGGUUCGUAAAAUCAUCCGUGUGUGCAAAGGUAUCCUGGAGUACCUAACCGUGGCGGAGGUGGUGGAAUCCAUGGAGGAUCUGAUCACAUACACGAAGAACCUGGGACCUGGGAUGACGAAGAUGGCCAAGAUGAUUGACGAGAGACAGCAGGAGCUGACCCACCAGGAACACCGCGUGAUGCUGGUCAACUCCAUGAACACGGUCAAAGAGUUGCUCCCUGUCCUCAUCUCAGGUAUCAAGAUAUUUGUGACGACCAAGACGUCCGGCAGCCAGGGGGUAGAGGAGUCUCUGAAGAACAGAAACUUCACCUUCGAGAAGAUGAGCGCUGAGAUCAACGAGAUCAUCAGGGUGCUGCAGCUCACUUCCUGGGACGAAGACGCCUGGGCCAACAAGAAGGAUACAGAGGCCAUGAAGAGAGCUCUGGCACUUAUCGACUCUAAGAUGACCCAGGCCAAGAGCUGGCUGAGGGACCCCAACGCCCAACCAGGGGAUGCAGGAGAACAGGCCAUCCGUCAGAUCCUGGAUGAGGCUGGGAAGGUGGGAGAGCUGUGUGCUGGGAAGGAGAGGAGGGAUAUCCUGGGCACAGCCAAAACCCUGGGGCAAAUCACUGACCAGGUUUCUGAGAUGAGGGCCAGGGGUCAGGGGGCAUCUCCUGCAGCCAAGCAGAGGGCCCAGCAGGUCUCCCAGGGCCUGGAUGUUCUCACAGGGAAGGUGGAGAAUGCAGCCCGGAAACUGGAGGCCAUGACCAACUCCAAACAGGUCAUCGCCAAGAGGAUUGACGCUGCUCAGAACUGGCUGGCAGAUCCCAACGGUGGUCCUGAGGGAGAAGAAAACAUUAGAGCCCUCCUGUCUGAGGCCAAGAAGAUCGCUGACAUGUGUGAAGAUCCCAAGGAGAGAGAUGACAUCCUGAGGUCCAUCGGAGAGAUGGCUGCUCUCACCGCCAAGCUUUCUGAGCUCCGGAGACAGGGUAAAGGUGAUACUCCAGAGGCCAGGGCAUUGGCCAAGCAGAUAGCCACAUCCCUACAGAACCUGCAGUCUAAGACCAGCAAGGCUGUAGCCAACAGCAGGCCUGCCAAGGCUGCAGUCCACCUGGAGGGGAAGAUAGAACAGGCCCAGAGCUGGAUGGAGAACCCCACCAUCGAUGACGGGGGAGUGGGCCAGGCAGCUAUCCGGGGCCUGGUGGCAGAGGGCCGUCGUCUGGCUAACGCCCUGCCAGGUCCCUACAGACAGGGGCUGGUGGGGAAGUGUGAGCAGGUAGAACAGCUGAUGGCCCAGCUAGCCGACCUGGCCGCCAGGGGCGAUGGGGAGUCGCCACAGGCGCGUGCCGUGGCUCAACAGCUCCAGGAGACCCUGAAGAACCUCAAAGGAACGAUGCAGGAAGCGAUGACUCAGGAAGUGUCAGACAUCUUCAGCGACACGACCACUCCCAUCAAACUACUGGCUGUGGCCUCCACCGCCCCACCCAAUGCCCCGAACAGGGACCAGGUGUUUGAUGAGAGGGCGGCCAACUUUGAGAACCAUGCAAACAAGCUGGCUGCUACAGCAGAAAAGGCUGCCGCUGUGGGAACAGCUAACAAGAGCACCGUGGAGGGGAUCCAAGCUGCCGUCAAGUCUACAAGAGACAUUACACCACAGGUGGUCUCUGCUGCCCGUAUCAUGCUGAGAAACCCAGGAAACCAGGCUGCCUUCGAGCACUUUGAGACCAUGAAGAACCAGUGGAUUGACAACGUGGAGAAAAUGACAGGUUUGGUGGACGAGGCCAUAGACACCAAGUCUCUGUUGGAUGCCUCUGAGGAGGCCAUUAAGAAAGACCUGGAGAAGUGUCGCGCGGCCAUGGCUAACCACCAGCCCCAGAUGUUAGUGGUAGGAGCCACCAGCAUCGCCCGGCGGGCCAACCGGAUCCUCCUGGUGGCGAAACGGGAGGUUGAGAACUCUGAGGAUCCUAGAUUCAGAGAGAUAGUGAAGGCUGCGUCUGAUGAGCUGAGCCGGACCAUCUCUCCCAUGGUGAUGGACGCCAAGGCUGUGGCUGGGAACAUCACCGAUCCAAGUCUGCAGAAGGGCUUCCUGGACUCAGGCCAUAGGAUCCUGGGGGCCGUUGCCAAGGUGAGAGAUGCCUUCCAGCCACAGGAACCAGACUUCCCACCACCUCCUGAUCUGGACCAACUGCACGUCAGCGACGAGCCCGCCCCACCCAAACCACCUCUCCCCGAGGGUGAGGUUCCUCCCCCCAGACCCCCUCCCCCAGAGGAGAAGGACGAGGACUUCCCAGAGCAGGAAGUAGGAGAGAUGGUGAGCGAGCCCAUGAUGAUGGCCGCCAGACAGCUCCACGAGGAGGCCCGCAAGUGGUCCAGCAAGGGUAACGACAUCAUCGGUGCAGCCAAGAGAAUGGCCCUGCUCAUGGCUGAGAUGUCCCGGCUGGUGCGCGGUGCCGGUGGGAAUAAGCGUGCCCUCAUCCAGUGUGCCAAAGACAUCGCAAAAGCCUCAGACGAGGUCACGAAGUUGGCCAAGGAGGUGGCCAAGCAGUGCACAGACAAACGCAUCCGGACCAACCUGCUCCAGGUGUGUGAGCGCAUCCCCACCAUCAGCACACAGCUCAAGAUCCUCUCCACGGUCAAAGCCACCAUGUUGGGUCGUACCAACAUCAGCGAGGAGGAGUCCGAGCAGGCCACAGAGAUGUUGGUUCACAAUGCCCAGAACCUGAUGCAGUCUGUGAAGGAGACGGUUAGAGAGGCCGAGGCUGCCUCCAUCAAGAUCCGGACGGACGCCGGUUUCACCUUGCACUGGAUCCGAAAGACCCCCUGGUACCAAUAAGAAGAGACGGGCCAACUGUUCGUUAAUUUGCAUUCCCAAUGGCACUCUAUUCCCCUACGUAGUGCAAUACUUUCGACCAGGGCCCGUACGUCUCUGGUUAAAAGUAGUGCAGUAGAUUGGGGAAUAGAUAACGUAGCCUGGUUGGAAGAAGAAAACAGCCAGACCCUUUUGAGCAACAGUUCUGACGAACUCAUACAUACUAAUUCCAAGAUACAAUGAAUGAAAACAGCCCCUUUAAUAACCCUGCCUGGUUGGGGUAAAAAGAGUGAGUGAGUUAAUACUGAAAACACUAUUUAUCAGUCGAUGUCAAUCCCAUACUUGCCUGUAAACGGUGACAGUUUUGGUAGAAUAUAAGGUAGAGGACUAUCUAAUGCAGCUAUAACAUGCUAUAGAAUGAUUCUUACUUGCAAAUUAUUUUUUGUAAUUGUAUGUAAAAAAAAUAUAUAUAUAUAAAAAAAAUAAGAAGAAAUAAAAUGUGUUUUCAGAUCUUAUGAAAAAUCCCAGGUAUGUAUCUGAGGUUUCUUUUCGUAUCCAGUAAAAGGUUAAAGGAUUAAACUAUAACUGGUUAACCAUGCAGUGUAGCCCCACAGUGAGAAGAAGACCUCCAAGUUAAAAUUAUAAUAUUAUUAAGAUUUUUCCCUGGAAGGCCUUUUUUAUAUCUUUAUACUGGUUCUUUAUUUCACUAUUUGCAAUGCGCAGCUGUUCACCUUUGCUAGGGCAAAGCACAUCUGAUCCAACUCGAUGGGAGUGAGUUCAAGCGUAUCACAAUGCUCCGUUCCACACACGAAUAUGUAUUAUUCAGUGGUAUUAUGGUCUGUUUUAUACUAUGUUAUGUUAUAGAAACACUGUUCCUUGUUCCAUAUUUUUUUGUUAAAUGGUGAGAUGUUUUUUUUUUUGUAGCAAUGUUCUUAUUUUUAUCGUCAGGACUGCCAAAGACUGUAUUCUAUCCUAGUCCCAGAUCUGUUUGUGAUCUUUGCGCCUACUCCAUUGUGCCACGACAAUGAGUGACAGGGAGUUGGCGUGAUGGCGCCACACAGCCUGGUACUCAGGCUUAGUUUGUUCCACUAUUAACUUUUUCUGUCUUGGGGUUUAUUAUUAUUAUUAUUAUUAUUAUUAUUAUUAUUAUUAUUAUAAAACAUAAGGACUAGCUCUUCAGACACAUUGGGUAGAAAGUGUCUUAUUAACUUUAGAACUUUCACAAAUAUCUGUUCAAAUAACUUGCAUUCAGCGCUUUUAUUUUCUGGCUUGAUUUUUCACAUUGUUGCAUUGAGAUUACAUGUAGGCCUUAGGUCUGCCUUAAGUCUGCGUUAAGUCUGCCGUAAGUCUGCCUUAGGUCUGCCUUAGGUCUGGUGCUCUAUACUUUGUGCUUCUCAGUGAAACUAUAGCAUGCCAGUCUCCAUGUUUUAGCCUGAGUAGAGGCCAGCUAAACUAUAAUGUUGAAACUGUGUCUUGACCUAAUGUGGUGUGCACUGCCAAUUUUGUGAAAGAUUUAAUGAAUGAUACAUCAAAUGCUUUGAAGAUAAGGUCUGGGUCUGGGGGCUAAAGAGUCUGUGUGGACAGUUUUGGGGCUAGUUUCCUGCUAACAGAUUAAGCCAAGUACUGGACAGAAAUUGAAGUGAUUUUUAGUCUUUUAGGACUAGGAGACUACCAAUACAUCACAUGAAACAGCCUUCUCUUCCGCUCAUAUCUUCAAACUACACUAAACCUUUAAACAGCUGGUACAAAUGGUUGAAAUUUAGAAAUGUGUUCUUUUGUGUCUGAAUAAUCCCAGUGCAGUUUGAAUGUGUACGAUAUUGAGAUCCUACAAAACCGUCUGAUGCGCCCUGUAAUAAAAAGGCUGAUUGCAAUAAAUGUUUUUAUUUAUUUUUAUUUACAGGAAAUGACGUUUUGUAUCUUCUGUGUAGUCAACUCUACUCAAGGCCUCAUACUUUCGUUCAGAAAUAUUUGUGUGAUAUUUCUAAGAUCGGCACAGCCUAAAGGGAAGGAACACGUUUCAUUCAGUCUAAGAAUCAAGUCCUGCUUCUUGGUAUUGUUCACAUUAAUUUGUAAUAAAGCAUUUAAUAAGA